AUGGCGCCCCGUUCGUACUCCAAGACCGCUAAGGUCCCCCGUCGCCCCUUCGAGGCCGCUCGUUUGGACUCCGAGUUGAAGCUCGUUGGCGAGUAUGGUCUUCGCAACAAGCGUGAGGUCUGGCGUGUGCUCCUCACCCUCUCCAAGAUUCGUCGUGCUGCCCGUCAGCUUCUUACCCUCGACGAGAAGGACCCCAAGCGUCUCUUCGAAGGCAAUGCCCUCAUUCGCCGUCUCGUUCGCGUCGGUGUCCUUGACGAGUCCCGCAUGAAGCUCGAUUACGUCCUUGCCCUCAAGGCCGAGGAUUUCCUUGAGCGUCGUCUCCAGACCUGCGUCUACAAGCUCGGCCUCGCCAAGUCCAUCCACCACGCCCGUGUCCUCAUUCGCCAGCGCCACAUCCGCGUCGGCAAGCAGAUCGUCAACGUUCCCUCUUUCGUUGUCCGUCUCGACUCUCAGAAGCACAUCGACUUCGCCCUCACCUCUCCCUUCGGUGGCGGCCGCCCCGGCCGUGUCCGCAGAAAGAAGGCCAAGGCCGCUGAGGGUGGUGAGGCUGCCGAGGAGGAGGAUGAGGAGUAA